GGCUUUUCUGUAUUUUAAAUUGGUGUUUGGCGCUGUCUUGUCUACAUGUGUGAUUCAACAUUGAUCAUGUAGUUUCUUAUAGUAAGCAUGUUGCUAAACUGGUUUAAUAUUCUAUUUGAUGCAGUCAGAGAAUAUUAUGCUUGCAGAUAAGCAAAAGAUAGAAAGGGAACAAAAUGCGCAGCUCAGAAAUCAAGUAGCUCAACUGUUACAGUUGGAGCAAGAUCAAAAAGUGCAGAUAGAACAACGAGAUUCUACGAUUCAGGCCUUGCAGGCCAAAAUGAAAAGCAUUGAAUCCAGACUCAGUGAAGCACUCCAUUCCAGUGAAGAUCGGUCAGCAUUAGGCUCAGAUCUAUCAAAUGCCAAGGCAAUUGGGGAUGGCAUGGAUUCUCCCCCAGUUACUAAGAAAUUGGAAGAGGAGCUUAAAAAACGUGAUGCACUAAUAGAGAGGUUACAUGAAGAAAAUGAGAAGUUAUUUGAUAGAUUAACAGAGAAAGCAUCUUUGGCUGGAUCACCAAAGCUGUCAAGUCCAUUAUCCAAGGGGCCGCUAAAUGUGCAGUCUCGGGACCUUGUGAGGAUUGAUAGUAGGGGGCAUUCGAUGGAUGUUGUUCCUUCAUCACCGGCACUUGCUGCAGACAAGACUGAGGGUACAGUUGCUUUAGUGAAAUCAGGUUCGGAUAAAGUCAAAACAACCCCUGCAGGAGAAUAUCUUACAUCUGCCUUGAAUGACUUUGAUCCUGAACAACAUGACAGCCUUGCUGCCAUUUCAGAUGGAGCAAAUAAGCUUUUGAUGCUGGUUCUGGCUGCAGUAAUCAAAGCAGGGGCUUCUAGGGAGCAUGAAAUACUUGCUGAAAUAAGAGAUGCUGUUUUCUCCUUUGUUCGUAAAAUGGAACCACAGAGGGUAAUGGACACCAUGCUUGUAUCCCGUGUUAGAAUUUUGUAUAUUAGAUCUUUGCUUGCUAGAUCGCCGGAGCUGCAGUCCAUCAAGGUUUCUCCCGUUGAGAAUUUUCUGGAGAAGGCUAAUACUGGACGUAGUAGAAGUUCCAGCCGAGGUAGCAGCCCUGGAAGAUCUCCCGUGCGCUAUGUUGAUGAGCAUAUCCAAGGCUUCAGAGUGAAUCUAAAGCCAGAAAAGAAGUCCAAGUUUUCAUCAGUUGUAUCAAAGAUACGCGGUCUUGAUCAGGUAGCUGCCAUCUUUAUGCUCUCUGUGUCUCCCUUGCUCCUGUCUGUUGAUAUAAAC